GAGGGAGGGAGGGAGGGGCAGGGCUGCCUCUACUCGGUCCGCAUUGGCAGCCAGUCGCCUGUUCCCAGCGAGAGCAGCGGAGGCAAGUGAAGGGAAGCAGCUGAAGUGGAUGAAGAGCAAGGACAGAUGAUGGACGGACAAGUCCCGUAUCGUAUCUAUGACCCUGGUGGGAGCAGCCGCUUACGAAUGAGUGAUGUCACCAGCGAGCCCGAGGUUAUCAAUUCCAUUUCCUACCAGCAACUGGUGGAAGAAAACCAUGUGCUGAAGGAGAGGAUGAAAGGCUUGAGGAGUUUAGGAAACCUGUUGGAGGAAUCUCAGGCUGAAGCAUUGAAGUUGCGACAGAAGGUGGACGAGCUGGCCCGCCAGGAUUCUCUGAAACCAACAAGUCUAUCAGCUCAGGAAAUAAAUGGCCCGGCUCUGACCAGUGAUGCACAAGCUUUUGGUCACCAACAUCAAAGUGAGUCAGACGAACGUGGCAAGCUGGUGGAAGAGGCCAAGGCUGAAGUGAAGGCUUCAUCAAGUGGUUCGUCCUCUGAGUUUGAAGUCGUGAGUGCAGAAGACAAAAAGGAUACAAGUGGAGAACAGGCAGAGGAGGUGCUGCAGAAGUUAGCGAUUGAAGAUGGAAACGUCUCUGUUCAUUUGCAGCGCCUGGAGAACUCGCUGUGCCUGUUUGCUGAGGAAACCAACAGGAAGGAGCUGCUAGCCCACCUGGGCCGAAUGGCUGUGGACUUCAAUCGUCUCUCUUCAAAAGUGCAGAAGAAUGAGUACAAGACUACCAUCCUGCAGACCCUUUGUGAACAGCUCCGUAAAGAAAAUGAAGAUCUUCGGAAGAAGCUGGACCAUGACCUGAACGACAAGAACCAGAUGAUGGAGAAGAUGAAGCACGAGAACCUGAAGUUGAAGAAAAUGAUGGCGGAGCAGAUGCAGCAGAGGGAGAUUGACCAGGCAGUUCCCACACUUGCUGUGGCCUCCAAAGAGGAGCCCGUAGCCAAGCCACUGGAAGGAGCAGCUCUCCAGCAGAAUGCAAAAACAACAGACCAACAAGACUCUGUGGACAAAAACACGAUGGAAAUCCUGGAAAAGAAAGUUGCAGCUCUGGAGGUGCAGAGGAAAGAGUUGUUGGAAGUGAACAAACAAUGGGAUCAGCAAUUCCGGAGCAUGAAGCAACAGUACGAGCAAAAGAUUGUGGAGCUGAGGCAGCGAUUGGCCCGGUCCCAGAAGGAGCUGAAUGAGCGCGAGAAUGGCUACGAGGAGAAACAGAGAGACUUCGACAGGAAGUUACUGCUGGCCAAGUCGAAGAUUGAGAAUGGAGAGAGCGAGAAGGAGAGGUGUCUAGCAGAGAUCAAGGAGCUGAAACAGAGGAACCAGUGUCUGCAGAACCAGCUCCUGCCUCUCACCAAACAGCGGGAAUACCAGGAAAAGGAAAUUCAGCGUCUCAACAAGGCCUUGGGUGAGGCUCUCACUGCACAGCCUUCAAGCCCACAGCCGGCUCCGUUCAGCAACACCAGUGACUCGUGUAUGAGUGCGAGAAGGACUGAGCUCCUCACCCAGAUCGAGGUGCUCAAGCAGCAGGUGAAAAUAUUUGAAGAGGAUUUUCAGCGGGAGCGCAGUGACCGAGAGCGGAUGAACGAGGAGAAAGAAGAGCUGAGGCAGAAACUGGAGAAGGUUCAGACACAGAUGACAUUGUUGAACACGCAGCUGAGAAUCUAUCAGGAAGAUUAUCAGGACGAGAAGUUGGAGAAGGAAAAAAUUCAGAGGCUGCUGAAGCAUCAGAAACAGGUCGCGGGUGACAGGAGGCCAUCGGACCCACCAGCUGCUGCCCCCGGGCCGUACUGCCCCCCUCCGUACCAAAUCCAAUACCCACCCCUGCCUCACCCCACCGCUGGCUUUGGGGGCUAUGACUGGCAGAUUCACUACCCACCUGCUGGACCUGGGGCUCAUGCCCAAUUCCGAGGGUCGGAGUUUCCCUGGAAUGCUGCAUUCCCACCAGCUCGGAGUCCACACCCUGCAGGGACAGAUCGGCCCAAGGCUGAUGGAAAAGAACCGACAUCUCCCAGGCUCGGGAAGGGGCAGCACUGAGGGAGGAGGCACCAAAUUAUUCCAAGCUGGCUCUGUGCAGUGUCCAGUGUUUAACCAUCCCAAGGUGACUGCACUCUACCUUCCUUCAACAGCAACACGGAUUGUGAAGACCUCAAUCUCCUGAGGUUGCUUGACGCUGUAGUCUUGAGUACAUUAGCAGAUACCACAGCACCCGAUUGGCUGGGCUGGUGCUGGGGGUGGGCUGGGUGAUGAUCCCUUUUGGUUUAUGUUGGGAAGCCUUCCUCUAUUUUCAUGUGCUGCCUGUCCUCCAUCUUGUUUCUCCCUUCCCUCCAUUUUGUACAGUCAGGUAAAGUUCAAUGGCGAGAGUCGACAACCCACCAUCCACAUUUGCAGACCAAAGGUGUGAGAAAAAGGUUCUUUCAAAAGCUUCUAAAGAUUCACUUGUCAAUAUACGACCUAUUGCUGUCUCAUCUCUCUUCCCCCAUCCAUCUCCUCGAUGUUUUAAUACCAAGUGAAUAUAAAACACAAUUUACUUUACAAACCUGAGGUGGUAACCUUUUAGGGUAAGGACCAUGAACGUUUUGUUUGGACAAAGUAUUGAAAGCAUUGUUUUGUAGAGUCUGAUUUUAUUCCUUACCCCACCACCAAGGGCCUGUAACCAAGGAGUAAACCCAUCGUUAGAAUCCCCUAUCAGCAUCUCUCUAAUUGAACAGGAUGACUCGAUUCAAGUGUUUUCAAGCAGAAAUGAUGCUAAGUGCCGCACCUUCCCAAACCGAUCCCCUGUCGAGGAUUUUGAAAUCUUGCCUCAUUGCCUGCUCCGUGACUGUUUGAUCUGGGCCAGGAAGCUCCCUGUCCCUCAGUGGGUCACCUAUUUUCUCCCAGCCUUGACCCAGACUGGGUCCAUCUUUCAAGUAUGCUUCAUGAGCUUGGGCCACGUGGUCAUCCUCUUCAAUAACUUGUGUUCAAAGGUCUCCUGCUCUCUGCCCCCUUCUUUUCCUGCCCACCCUUUCUCUACCCUUCUCUGUCUGCUAAUGGGGCCUUGCUGUGCAGAGAUGGUCCUCGAUUACAACUCAGUGUGCACUUCCCAUUGGCUGUGGUGCCCAUUGGGAUGGUGAAGGGGGAUAGAUAAAUGUUUGUUCUCUCUUCCCUUUUCCCCCUCUCAUGCUUCUGAAAUAUGAACAUUUCCUGCAGUAUCCUCAAUGCCAGACCUAAUCCCCGUCCUUUCCUUCAUAAAAUCGGCUUUAUUAGUCUCUGCUUACCCUGCACGGCCCUCUGAUUCUCCUCGGCCUUCCCCUCUCACUGCGCCUCGGAACAUGCGGGUAUCUGUCACCAGACGAAUGAUGACAAAUUGUGCUGUUGGACAAUGAUGGGCUCCAUGUCAGGGGUUGAUGGGAGACGUUUGUGUGAGAUGUUUGGAGUAGUCAGUCAAACUCAAUCUUUUAUUUUUUUUGUUCCAAUAAACUGAUUAAAUGUG